UAAUGAGUCUCAGAAAAGUGAAGUGAAAGUUAGAAUGAAAAGCUACACCUACUACACGAUGGGGAUUGGGUGAUGGUCCCCGCUGAGAAGACCCCACCACCACCACCAAACCUGGAGGGAGGAGCGCCAGGGACACAGCUCCGCUUCUCUUCUGGGGACUCUGCACAGCGCUGCAGGGACCUUCCCCUGUGGAUGUGCCAUCCUCCUCGCACUUGCUGACCCCACGUGGCCCUUCCUGUCCUGAUCACUCCUGAUCUGGAGGUGGGGCCUGGACAGGGUGGAGCCUCUGGGGAAAGAAAAGGGGCCCCAGGACGCCUGGAUCCACACAGGCUCCCCAGAGAUGCCUCCUCCACUGCCACCACGACUGCUGCUGUCCCUGCUGUUGCUCCUGCCGCUGCUGAAUGCCCAGCUGGUCCGGAUCCCUCUACGUAGAGUCCCUCCUGGACAAAGGACCUUGAGCACCUUGAGGGGAUGGGAAACGCCCCCCAGGUUGGGGGUCCCAUCCCCUGGGGACAAGCCUGGUUCUGUGCCUCUCUCCAACUUCAUGGAUGUUCAAUAUUUUGGGGAGAUUGGGCUGGGAACGCCUCCGCAGAACUUCUCUGUGGUCUUUGAUACUGGCUCCUCAAAUCUCUGGGUCCCAUCCAAAAGAUGCCACUUCUUCAGUGUCCCUUGCUGGUUUCACCACCGCUUCAAUCCGAAAGCAUCCAGCUCCUUCCACCCCAAUGGGACCAAGUUUGCCAUUCAGUAUGGAACGGGGCGGCUAGCCGGAAUCCUGAGCAAGGACAAGCUGACUGUGGGUGACCUUCUGCCCAGGAAGGAUUGGGCCUGGAAAAGCCGGCCUAGGCUCCAGGAAGUGGGACUUUCUGGAAAGGCGUGGGCUUCCUUAGAGAGGCCAAGUUUCCUAGCAGCUGGGCCUUGUUUCCAGAGGUCCCCCAACCCGGGAGUCAUGCUUUUGGGGACUGUGGGGAUCAGUGGGGGAGCCAAAGGCGGCACUGGAGCAGAACUGGACUUGGCAUCCUCACUAGCUCCUCUUCUCCCUCAGUACCUCGUUCGCUGCUCCGACAUUCCCAAGCUGCCCUCGGUCUCCUUCCUCCUUGGCGGGGUCUGGUUUAACCUCACCGCCCAGGACUACGUCAUCCAGGUUGCUCGGGCUGGCGUCCACCUCUGUCUGUCCGGCUUCCAGGCCUUGGAUAUGCCUCCGCCUGUAGGGCCCCUGUGGAUCCUUGGCGACGUCUUCUUGGGGACCUACGUGACGGUCUUCGAUCGCGGAGACACUAACAGUGGUGCCCGAGUGGGCCUGGCGCGCGCUAGACCUCGUGGGGCCGGGGGGCGAGGGGGCGGGCGCGCGCAGGCGCAGUCCUCCGGCUGACGCCCCGGUUGGGUGCAUGCGCAGUGGGUGGUAGCGGUGGUCCCAAUACCCAGUAAAAAUCUGUAUCUUUUGAGCGAAGGUACCUGGGCCGCGCCUUGCAAAUGCAUGCUUCUGUAGAGAA